AUGAAUUUUAGCACUGUAGAUGAACUGAUACUUUGCUCGAAUGACACAUGUCAAAAUGUUAAUUUGACUGCUUCAUCUGUGCUUCUUUAUAUAUGUAUGGCAGCAGUGAUUAUUCUGACCGUCUGUGGGAACUUGCUUGUGGUCAUCUCCAUCUCACACUUCAAGCAGCUCCACACACCAACAAAUUUAUUAAUCCUUUCUCUUGCUACAGCUGACAUGAUGGUGGGAGUAACUGUUUUGCCGAUAUAUUUUAUAUCUAAAAGUGUCUGUAUGCGUAUGGACAGGACAUUUUGCUAUUUCACUCUACUGUGUUCUUUUCACUUUACCUUUCUAUCUAUUUAUAAUGUGUCCUUCAUUUCUGUGGAUCGGCUGUAUGCUUUAAGCAACCCAUUCCAAUACUCAAACAAAGUCACAUUUAAACUGAUUUUCACAGUUAACUGUUUCAAUUGGUUAACUUCAUUUGGUUACAGUAUGGCUUAUAUAUACAUUAAUGGAAUUAGGACUGGUAAUGUGUUGUGUUUUGGAAAUUGCACUGUAGUUGCAGAUGGACUUUGGGCAAGCAUAGACCUUUUUUUAGUCUUUAUCUUGCCAUGUUCUGUCAUACUUCUUUCCUACAUGAAGAUUUUUAUUAUAGCUAGAAAACAUUCUAAAAGCAUUAGGCUUGCCAAAGGAAACCCCGCUACAAGGAAUAGAAAGUAUGGAGGCGGUGUUCCUAAAGCUUCAAAAAGCAAAGCAGCCACCACACUUGGGAUUCUGGUGACUGUAUUUGUUGCUUGUUUGUUGCCCUAUUUCUUAUCUAUAUCAUUUAGUGUUUUUAUUCCAGAUACAUUAUCACUGAAGGUGCUUGAAGGAACUCUGCCUCUGUUAUAUCUGAACUCUGCGAUUAAUCCAAUAAUUUAUGCUCUUUUUUACCCCUGGUUCCGAAAAUGUGCAAAGCUCAUUCUCAUGCUCAACAUUUUCAAUACUGACUCCUCUUUAGUUAAUGUACUUACAGAUGGAUGA